GUGAAUUCGUCGCUCUUCAGAGUUGAACUUGAAAGUAAGAUUUAAAAAUGGCGGCGAACAACAGUGUUGAUAUUUCCAAGUUAUCUGAAGUUUUUCCACUGACGUGGUCUGUUGAUACUAAACACGAUGUCUUUCAGCGAUGGUCACAAGGUAGUUUUUCUUUGGUAUUAGUCGAUAUGUGCAUUCAAAGUUACAUUCUGACAGCAGAACUGUUCAAACAGUAAUAAUUGCGAAUAAAAUAUAGUUGCGAAGUCUUUAUACAUGCACUCUUACCGUCAUACGCAUUUUAGCGUGAGUGUUUGAAUGUCAUCUCACACCUAUCUCGUGUGUACCUAUAAAUUUUAGUUUGCAGUGAUAACCAAUUUGUAUAGUGACAGUGUGCAGUGAUAAACAGCUAAUAUGUGCAGUGACAAAUUCAUAAUUAUUAAUAGUCUGAAUCCACUAAGGUGCAAUUGCUGGCCAGGGACACUUUUUGACAUUUAUAUUUUGUCAGUUGUUAAAAAUAGCUUGUGGCGGCAUCUUUGAACUGUCAUCCUCAUCCUAACCUGAAGUUCAGGCCCUAAUUUGAAAUAGGGCCUGACACAAAACCUGUCUAGACCGUGAGACGCCCACAUGUUAUUUUUAGACACACAUGCAAUAUGAUUGACAAGUGUUGUAGAUUUCGUUACACAAAAAAAUUAUGUUCUCAUGAACAUGUCCGCAGAGCAUUUUGCUUUUUAAUUAAACUUAAGAAUUCAAGGUACUUUUAUAUAAUUAAGAGUCAGUUUCUCUAUUUAACCGAACAGGCGAACAGCAAACAAAGAUUUACUGUAAUUAGUCAGUUCUGUGCACGGCUUGACUGCUGCCAAGCUUUCUCAAGGUCUCAACUUGCUGGACGCGGAUAUACUCUAACGACUAACGGGCUAAUAACAGCAACAAUUAAAUUCUCAAUCAUACCACGAAGAAGGCGAUGUAGCUCAGAAAACAACGCCGGUAGGACCUGAUAUUAAAAAUAAGACUUUUGCCGGCGAAGCAAGUGGGCAGAACAUCUUGGCAGUCAACAACAACCUUUCGAAUACAGGACUAGUUUGGCUGUUCUUUCAGCGUCGUGUAUGUCCAAAAUUCGUCAAAGAUUUUGAUGAAGCCCUUUCAAAAUACUGUUUGUUUGAUUUAUUUACUUCCAUAAAGCAUAAAAGGAAAGAAAUUCGAAGAAAUCGAUAAUGCAUGGAAUUUGUUACGUGCGUUUGACCUUUAUAUCAAUUCUCGCCUUGACCGAGCUAUUUUUAAAACUGUUGUUUAUGUGAACUUGCAACCAAUCAAAAUCCUUCAUGAUGCUGAUCAACCAAUCAGAUUUCCCGUCCACCAGGUGGACGGGAAUCCCACACUUUAGACAGGUUUUGUGUCAGGCCCUAUUCUGUGAUAGGGCCUGAACUUCAGGUUAUCCUCAUCCUGGCAACCGAGCCAGCCCGCUUGCGAGUGUUUGUAUGGAAAAAUUUUCAUCCUGGUAUGAGAAUUUGACAUAUGGCAACCAGGUCAGCCAUGAUGAUAACUACAUAGUUACUCAAGAUAACUUUUGUUAAAGGGCUUUAAUUAAGAAGUUUCUUUGCAUUACCCUCCAUUGUAAUGUCCAUUGUGCACCGUAUCAUAUGUCAUUUUAUGUUGCACCUAUAGGGUUUUUCUUUAGCGAAGAUGAGCCAACAGCUUUGGUUCAAAAUUAUGGAGGCCCAUGUUCAGUAAUUGCAUCUGUACAGGUUGAGUACUUUGGUUGUGAACAUUCUAAUAAAUGUUUUACAGUAAUUCUUUAUUUAUGUCAUUAAGAUUAUAGGAAACCCUAAAAUUUCAACAAACAAUGGGUCAUUCCAGAAAAGAUCCACACUCCCCCCACAGAGGAAAUUUCUUCCGUCCGGAGAGGGAGAGGAAAAAAAUUGUUUGUGAUAAUAGUAAAUGUAUUAGGACAUCCGGAGCGGGUAGGGGGGUUAACUUCCAAUUUCCUCCAUGCGGGUGGUAUGGAUGUUUUCUGGAAUGACCCGAUUGUGUAGUUGUAGCUUAGAAAUUUAGAUCUGUUGUCAGGAGGAAUAUCAUAUUAAUCUAUAAUAGGUGGCAAUGCACCCAGAUGCGCCCUACUUUAUUAUUUUACUCUGUCUAACGCCAGGAGAUUUUACUUGUCUGGGGAAGAGUGCUGCCACUCAAUGAGUUAAUUUGACUAUCUGCCUAAUAGUAUGCACCCUGUUAACUCUUGAAGUGGCAAUGCACCCAGAUGCACCCUACUUUAUUAUUUUACUUUGACUAAUGCCGGACGAUUUUACUCUGUCUAACGCCAGGAGAUUUUACUUGUCAGGGGGAGAGUGCUGCCACUCAAUGGGUUAAUUUGACUAUCUGCCUAUGCACCCUGUUAACCCUUGAAGUGGCAAUGCACCCAGAUGCACCGUACUUUAUUAUUUUACUUUGACUAAUGCCGGACGAUUUUACUUGUUAGGGGGAGAGUGUUGCUACUUAAUGGGUUAAAGAAUGCUUUCCGAUAUGCUUGGCGGGAAAGCUAAUUAGCAUUAAUAUCAAUUUUCGGAACACAUUAAUUUUGAGUCAUACAGUACUAUACACGCGCUAAAAAGGGAACGUUUUAACUGACUGCAUGUUCUUAAUUGAAUUUGCAUACAUUGUAGAACGGUGUUCUUUGUUCGUGUGAGCUUUGCAGGCCUUUAGUUGCAAAGUUACAAGGCUAGCCUGUUGUUGUGCACAGUGCGAGGGGUAUAGAGAGAGAGUGACACACCCCAAAAUACAAAUCAUCUGGAUUGGCCUGCAGGGCAAUCAAAGAUUUUAAGUGAUAGAAUGUAGAGUUAUUAAGUAACUUACAGGGCUUUCAGAGGGAAUUGAAUAGAAUUUAUAGACCUAAAUUUUGCAGAUAUUGCAGUGUUUCACCCAUGUUUUAACAGGAAUUAGUACGAAAAAAAAUUUUUGACCCUUAAUUUAACUGGUUUAUGUCUGGAAAAAUUUCGCUGGCUCUUUUUCUAAUGUCUGGAAAAAAUUUGUUCACCCCGCUAGUGUAUAGUAGUGGCCAGGAAUAAAAUUUGCUGCAGGGCAUCAUCGGUUUUGGCAGGACAAUUCUGGCAGACACCCGCCCCUGGUCCCUGGUUGUGCAUUGAUACCUAGGGUAUAAAACAAAACUUAAACAAAAUUCACCUGGAUAAAUUGUUGUGUGACUUUGAUUUUAUAUUUUAAACCAGGCAUAUACUGUAAGAAGGGGGUGGGGAGGUGAGCUUCUUAAACAAGGGUUUAUCAUUAAAAGUAUUUGAAGAUUGAAGCUAAACUGUCUGUUUAUAUAUUAGUCAUUUUAUUUUGUUAUUAUAAAGUCAUAUAAUUAUUCAAUUCAAAUAUAAUUUUGUUUUAUGUCGCAUUUCGGAGUUUUGAACGUUGUACAUGUAAAAAAAUCAAAAUUGUAAAAUUGUAUAAUAUUAUGGUUUCAUAACUAUCCUUACAGGAAGUUAACUAACUGGACAUCUAAUGGCUGAAAAUUUCAGAGGGUUUAAUCUAGAUUUUAAAAUUCCCUGGGGCUGGGGAACAUGCCUGUGAACCACCUACUGUACAGUUGUUGUUGGGUUGUACCAUUUGCACCACAUUCAUUUGGUAUCCUUUUGCCUUGGAUGACCCAACCCAAUUAUCUGGUACAAAUGAGUCUGGGCAACAAGUUUAUCACAUGAAUUGAAUUUCUAUACAUAACACAACAUGAAGCGUUUGGUCCAACAUGUAGGGUGUUAGCCAGGAUUUCAAAAGUGGCCGUCCAAAAUAAUUUUGUGGGCGUGGCCACAAAUUUUUGUGGGCGUGGUCACAUGCUUCUGGGCGUGGCCGCAAUUUUUUGUUGCUGUGGAAUUGUGGUGUUGUAUUCGUUGAAACUUUUUACUUUUAGAUGCACGUUUCCGUCAUUAAAUUAGUAAAAGCACACAUACGGUUGAACCGUAUGAUCACUAAAGUAUAUGCUAUAAUGAAGAACACAAUACAGCAGUGCAGUGCUUAGUUGGGUUUUUUUUAUCAAUCGCCGAUAUUUUCCCCCCUUUUUUAUGCGUUUGGCUCAUUUUAUAGCCAUCUUUACCGUAACUGUAACUGGCGCUCGAGCGAUAAAGCGAUUGCUGUCUUUUAAAACAGCAGUUUUAAAUUAUUCUCCUUGAUUCUUCAUGCGAGAAUCAUCAACAUGGUUACAAAAACAUGGCGCGUUUGUCGACGGUAUAUGUUUGUCAAUUCAGCCAUAUUCAACGUGUUUUCGAGAGGAAAAAGUAUGAAAACAUAUACCAUAUGUAAAGUAAACAGCAGAUAACAACAAUUCGAAGUAUUCAAGAAAUAUUACAAAGCUUGUAAAUUGCUAUUUAAAGAAAAAUAGAAAAUAUUCCCUUAGGCCGUCCAUGGCCGUCCAUUAAAAUUUAGCCGUCCGAAUUCAGAAGUGGCCGUCCGUAGGACGGUCGGACGGCCGCCUGGCUAACACCCUGCCAACAUGUUUCUUUAUCAAUAGGCAUAUUUGGCAAGGCAGUUGAUUUUUAAGAAGUACAAGAAAGCAGAAAAUGAAGAUUGGCGAAGGAUUAAUGGUACAGUACAUGAACUUAAAACAGCUGUGCAUGGAGAAACCCAACGACCUGAAAAUAUUAUAAGCAGAACUUCGACUUUUUGAGCGAAGGUCCUUAGUCGGGCAGUCAGUGCUCAGUAGCUACAUACUAAACAUUAGUUAUUAAAUUUAUAAAUAUACCGAUUAGUUAUUAAACUUAUAAGUGAAACUUAUUAUACAAUUACUUUAUCGUUUCCGUGUUUGGAUUGCUUGAUCCAAACACGCGGGAAUGUUGCAAGAGUUAAGAAAAGCACGCGAAAACACGAGCCGAAGGCGAGUGAUUUUGGGCGCUUUUCUUACUGCGAUUUGCAGUUGAGCUUAGAGACAAGAAGUUUUACCGCGCAGUUUGAUCGUUGAAACGCACAAGUUACCAAGGGCAAAUUCAAAUGUUGUUCAAGCGGAAAUGCGAAUGUUGUCAUGGGAGAUUUAGGCACUUUCGGCCAAUCAUAGUGAGGAAGGCGUUGCCCCAAGCACAGAAAUUAUUUGUUUGAUUUGGGAAAACGCCUUCUUCACUAUGAUUGGCCGAAAGUGACUAAAUCUCCCAUGAAAACAUUCGCAUUUCCGCUUGACAACAUUUGAAUUUUCCCUUCGUAACUUGCGCGUUUCAACGAUCAAACUACGCGGUAAAACUUCUUGUCUCUAAGCUCAACUGCAAAUCGCAAUAACUCGAGCAACAUUCCCAAGUGUUUGGAUCAGGCCAUCCAAACACGGAAACCAUAAAGUACGGUAAUUGUUUUAUAAAAUAACAACAACACGAUAGUCUUCCGUGUUUAGAUGCCCUGAUCCAAACACGGGUUUCGACCAAUCAGAGCACGCGUUCUAUACAUGUUAUUUUAUAAAAAGUUUUUAUACUACAACAUGUCAACAUCCCUAUUUAUUAAUUAAAGGGCCGGUCAAUAAUGGGAGGAGAAUUGAUGGGGUGGUGAAAUAUUCCUAACAUUUCACUUUUUCUUGAGAUCACCACCAACGGAAAAACAUUUAUUGUCAAGACGCCCUCGAACUCCAUGUCGAAUAAUUCAGAACUCCCACCCCCCACCCCCUUCCCCGCAGAUUUUGUACGAUUUUAAAACUUACGUUGUUAAAAGACUUGCGGGCGUUGCUGGCAUAGUCGUCAGAGCUAGCUACCGUCUCCUAUGAGAGUGUGGGUUCGAUUCUUUCGUUGUCCACUCAUGUGGAAAGAGUCGGUCAACGCUCUGCCAAAAGUCGUGGGUUUUCUCUGGGUGCUCCGGUUUCCUCCCACAGGGAAAGUUGACAGGGUCAGUUAGGAUAAACACAAUUUGACAGUUAAGGAAGUAAUAUCACAAAUUCACAGUUGUUGUAAAAAUAAAUAGUCUAGGCUAAGUAUGUAAUUGUAAGUAUGGUAAGCGUGCAGACACUUGAUUUGAUCAUAUCCUCAUGUAAAAUUUGCGCCAUAUAGAAAUCUUAAUUGAGGCUGCUCUUGUUCCGGAAGCAAUGUGAAGCGGCGGGGGCAGCCAUUUCAAAAGGGCACUUGCUUCUCAGCCAUCGUUUUUCUGGGCGGCAUUAUUUGUUAAAAUGUUACUGACGUGUACGGAUAAGGCGGACUUCAAUGAUUUGGAUUCUUGCACUUCACUUGGUGGAAUUAAUAUUAGUUGGAUUACAAACCCUAACAUUCUAAUAUUAAUUCCACCAAGUGAAGUGCAAGAAUUCAAAUCAUUGAAGUCCACCUUAUCACAACCCGCACACCCGAUUACCUAUAUAUGCAUGAACUUACGGUUACAGCUCAACAGCUGGCCUCUGUAGCUCAGUUGGUUAGAGCGCUGCACUGGAAUCGCAGGGCCGUAGGUUCAAUUCCUGCCAGAGGACGUUGUGCUGCAUUUUUCGCAGUCGUUCCUGGUUAGGUCUUAAAGUGUAUAUAUUCUCACUUGGAUUACAAACCCUAACAUUCUAAUACUGUAUGGGUACCCGAUUACUUGUGGCUAUUAUGGGUCGGCAAACUUCGACAUUAGUUUUGAACAAUUUUAUUCGUUGCACCUUGCUAAGGGCGCAAAAUAAAAUCAGUAAACGGACGUAUAUUGCCUGAUUUAGCAUUAAUUUUACUACAACUGGUUAAAAAUUAAGCAAAGAUUGCUUAAACAUUGUUUAAAAAUAGUUAUAAAUUCCAAUUCUUGUGAAUAACGCACGAAUUUAGAAGUGCAGUUCCAGUAAAAAUGGCGCCCUCGUGCUGCCCCCACAUGCACUGUUUGGGCAACGGGGGCAGUUGCCCCCGCAUGGCUUCGGCUACCCUGAGACCAACCCUCUUUUCUUGCCCACUGUCCCUCCUAAUAUUAAUGUCCUGCCCCUAAUCUUAUUAGUAACUCAUGCAUAGGUUUGCAAUACUAACAUGUUUUUCUGCUUGUUAUAGAUAACGAUAGACGGAAUUUAUUGUGUCAAACUCUUCUCGAUAUAUGGGAAUUGGUUGCCACAGAAAAUUUUCAAGUGGUUCUUAUGAAAAAUCAUUAUAUUAGCGAAGGAAGUGAAAAUGAGAGAUUGGAAACUGUACAAACUAUUGGCGAGUCAUCCACUCAAGGUUUCUAGCUUAGACAAUUAUGCAAUUAUGUCGUCACACUCAUAACGUCUUUGAUAUUCGACAUAAAAUAUUGUCUACAAGUUGUCCACUUAUAUAGCUUGCCUUGUAACAACAAGGCUACAAUUAAAACUUUGGUUGUCAUAAAAGCUUUGCUUGUCAUAUUUUCCAGGUGAAGAAACUUGUGAAUGUACAUGCAAAGAUUAUCAUAAAAACAUAUGUUCACAAACAGAAUCUCAAACUCAAGAUGUUUUUCAUUCAGCAUUAAG